GCACCAAGUUGGUGAGAGGAACCUGUUGUCUCAACUGAAGAAAUCUCAUCCGAAGAGAUAACCUCCCGCAGAGAGAUGGAGCACACCGAGGUAGUGAAGCCAGAAACUCUGGAUGACCUGAUUAAAAUCCUGCACAAGAUCUUCGCGAGUGACUCUAUCAAUGUGGAGGAGGUCCAAGCUAUAAUGGAAGCAUAUGAGAGCAAUCCUCAGGAGUGGAAGAAAUUUGCAAAGUUUGACCAGUACAGAUACACGAGGAACCUGGUCGAUGAGGGUAACGGAAAGUUCAAUCUCAUAAUCCUGUGCUGGGGAGAGGGCCACGGCAGUAGCAUCCACGAUCACACAGACUCCCAUUGUUUCAUGAAGCUGCUGCAGGGUCAGCUGAAGGAGACGCUGUUUGAAUGGCCGGAUGAUAAAUCACAUGGAGAUAUGGUCCAGAAGUCACAGAGAAUUCUCCAGGAAAACAAGGUUGCUUACAUAAACGAUUCCAUCGGCCUGCAUCGUGUGGAAAACAACAGCCACACUGAGGGCGCAGUCAGCUUGCACCUGUACAGUCCCCCAUUCCAGACCUGCCAGACCUUUGACCAGCGGACGGGGCACAGGAACACAGUCAAGAUGACCUUCUGGAGCAGAUACGGAGAGAGGACUCCACAUGAGACCACAGUCUCACAAGAGAACAACUAAGGGUCACCAAAGGAGGCUGCCCAUGAUGAAGACAGUUGCAUUUAAAAUGACAAUGUUGUGAAAAUGAUUCAAGGGAAACUGCUGGGGAAGCGAAAUGUGGAACUACUAUGACUAAGCAACCCAUUUAAAAAUCAGGAGCGGGCCGGUUCAAAAGGACAACCCAGUAAUUAGAAUAGCUUUAUCGCUGCCCAGUGUGAGCUUGGCAAAUACUGAUGAGCACAGGACGAAUGCAUGAAUAGGCUUGGACAUGGAUUGAAUCUCCCUUUUGUUUGCUGGGCCUGAGGAGACCCAUUUCCAAUAACAACAUUCCUGUCUAUCCAUGACCUGUGCAACCACACUUUUGUAAAGUUAUGGCCCAUAGUCAAAGAUUAGAGCUUUAGCGUUUUUUUAAAAAAAGGGGGGGGAAAUAUAUUGCUGUUAUAGUGUUUUAAUUUUAUAUCUCAAGAAGAGGAAAACAGUUUUGCAAUCAACAGUUUUGUUAUCAAUGGAGCACUUUUAUAGCUGUAUUUGCUGUCAGCGUAUACCACUCAAAAUUGUCUUAACACUCGUAAAAAUUGUAAAGAUGUAACAUUGUUUGUAUAAUCUAAUUAAACAAAGUUUGUUCCAUUUGCAUUUUGAAAAGGAAACGUAAAGCUUUAGAGUUGUGUUGUUUUUAAAAGUGCGAUGGUAAUUUAUUUGCAGGGAAAAGAGUGUAAAAAAAAAAAGAGAAAGCUUCUGUGUUACUCUUAAAUGUAUUCAUACUCGAGUUUUGACCAAGAGAAUCUUUUGUAUUAUUAGCAGACAAUAUUUUUAGAUAAAACUCAGGAUUUUGGCAUAUUUUAAUUGUAGCUGUAUUUAUAUAGUGUGUAGCACCUCUCAUAGCACUGUCACAUGCAUGGAUGAUUUCUGUGAUGCAGUAAAUGAGAAAUCUGGCCAUAACUGUAGACCAAUAAACACCAUUACCCUUUCACAGA